AAAUUCCAGAUCUGUAGAAACUAGCGAGUUAACAGGUAAUCGGAACUAUGGUGUCUUGAACAAUAUUUGAAAGUAUUCGAAAUAGUGUACAUAUUUUGUGAAACUAAAUACUAUCAAACGAUAUCCUACUCAACUCUGAAAUGUUCAUACAGUGUAUUAACACCUGCGCGACAACGCUUCACCUCUCUCAUUUAAAUGAAUCCAAAUGAUUAGUCGCUGGAGAUUAUUAGGAUAUGCUACUAACGGAGCUUUUAAAUAAUGGCGGGUUCUCCCUACCCGCGUCACCAUAGAAACCGAGCGGACUCGUGCCGGCUGGUGUUCUCCCUUCGUCCGCCUUCCGCGACUCAACUCAUUUCCGUGUCUCCUCUAAUAUUUUCCAACGACCACAUCUAUAUCUAUUGCUUAUCUCCAAUAAAUGUCGUUGGCAAUUAAAGGAAAAGCGGCUCAUAUUGUUCCAAGACAAAGGCAGAGCCAAGGAAGUCACGGAAAAGCUGAUCAUAGUUCAAGGAAGCAAUCUGUCGAUUCCGCGUACCACAAUUCUAAUGAGAUUUCCAAUCUUACUGACCAAUACGCACAAAGCCUCCAACAACAAAUACAACUUUUGCAGAUUGAAAAUGCAUUUUUAAAAGAACAGCAAGUAAAAAGAGAAGAAAAUGAACAAGAGAGAAUAAGAAAUAUCGAAAUGGAGGAGCAAUACAGAGCCGAUAAGUUCCGGCAAGAGCAACAAGCUAAAGAGUUUGAAGAUCUUCAACACAGAAGAGAAUCGGUUUCUCAGAUAAACCAGUCUAGGCGUGGGACGACUACUCAAAUUUUGGCCAGAGGAAAUGAAGUUUCAAUAAAUGGGGAAACUUGGUGCCAACUUCCACCUCACCACCCACCGAUUCCAGCUAUUAUUAGCGAUCGAUCUCAGUAUUCACAACGAAUUGGGAGAGACAGGAGUGCCUACGACUAUUACCAUCGAGAUCGACGCGAAUAUAGUGUACCCUGCUUUCCUCGUUCUCGCCAACCUAGUUCAAUGAGAGAGCGUUCAUUCGUUAUGAACCAGACCUUUGAACGCGAGGAGUCCAUGAUGCAAGAUUUGGAAGAUGCAAUCGAAAAGAACAGUCAACUUGAAAAAGAUAUUGUUGCCACAAGGGAAAGGGAAUUGGAUAAUGAAAAAGUGAUCAACUCAUUGUCAACUAGGAUAAAACUUAUUGAGAUUGAGAAAAAAGAGGAAAUUGAAUCGAUGGUGAGCGAAAAGAAGAGUCUUCUUGAAGAGCUUUUGCACAUGCAAAAAAGAAUUGAUGAGCUUGCACCAGCUUGCGCUGAGAAGGAACUGAAAAUUGUGGCAAAGGACAAUGAGAAGCUUGAUCUUUCGAAAAAGCUUCGACUUGCUAAUAGUGAUAUUUCUCAUCUCCAGACUUCAAUGAUGCAUCUCAGAGAUGAAGUGUCAUCAAAAGACAAUGAGUUAAAAUCAAUGAAUGAUGACAUUCUCUACCUGAAGAGCCAGCUUUUGAUAGUCGAAAGUGAAUCAAGAGAAUUGAAAGCGAAAGAUUUGGAAAAUCAGGAAAGGAUUCAUGCAUAUAUUCAACAAACAAGAGAAUACGAACUCACACAAAUCAACGAUAAAAAGCUCAUCGAUAAAGUGAUUGAAGAGAACUCAAGUUUGAUCAAAGAAAAUGCGAAAGUAUCAACUAAGCUCAGCCGCCUUGAAAGUGUUGAUUAUACGUAUAAGCAAAGAGAGCUGAAGGAAGCUCAAAAUAACAGCGAUUUGGUAUUGGAACUAAAAGCAGCUCUGCAACAAGAGAAGAGUUCUUCUCAUGGAAUGCUAAACAAAAUUGAAAUUAUGAGGCAAAGGUGUGAAGACUUGGAAAAAUCGAUUUUGGAUCGUGAUAAAAGUGAAGAUGAGAACAUUAUGGAAAGAAGUCGAGUUGAAAAGGAGCUCAACGCACUUCAUGCUCUUUCCAAAUCUUUGUCAUCGGAGAAUAAAAUUCUACGUGAAGAGAAAUUAAUCAAUGAAGAAAUUAUUGAUGAACUGAAAGGGAAAAUUCGUGCAUUGGAAAUGAGCAUCCGGUCAACGCAAGGUAUCUAUCAGGAGAAGGAACGACAAUGUGCCGCCAAAAUUCAAGAACUUGAAGAUGACGCGUCAAAAAAGCAUCAAAAGUAUUUAGAGUUUGAAGAAAUCUCAAAGACACUUCAUCAAAUCACCGCCUUGCUGCCUUCGAAAACAUCCGGCAUGACUCAUAUUUUGCCAAAAGAUUGCUCAAAUUAAAAUGCAUUAAACCUUUUCCGUAAAAGCCCAGUGAAACAUUUUAUUUGCUGCCAUCAAAUCUUUUGAUCUAUUUCAAUAUCUUUUUGUUAUUGUAAAUAUUUGUUUUUAAUUCAAAAAUGUUUAUUUUAAUAUGUAUAGUUUAAAUAAAGUAUAAUAUUUGAGUAUUAACAGAAAA